AUGGAUGCAAGAUCUGCGUUGACUCGAAACUCCGCUGCUGCACGAGAUGAUCCAAUGCUGAGAUCACCCCCCAAGACCAAAUCCUCGAAGGUCCCAGCCCCAGCUCCAGAUGCUGUUGAGGACGUUAAGAAAGAUGUUCCCAAAAAUCCCCUGUUCAUAGCUCGUCCCAAAAAUUUCCGAAUCGGCAAUGCUGUUCAGCACAAGCGCGAUCUUACUCAUUUCGUCAAGUGGCCCAAAUAUGUUCAACUGCAGAGGAAGAAGAUGAUCCUAAAGCAACGGAUGAAGAUCCCUCCAACUAUUGCGCAGUUCAGCCAUACACUCGACAAGAACACUGCCACCCAAUUGUUCAGAUUUUUGAACAAGUACCGUCCUGAGAGCAAGCAGGAGAAAAAAGCCCGUUUGAAUGCUAUCGCUACUGCAACCGCAGAGUCAGGGGAAACCCAGGACAAGCGAACCCCAAAGCCUUUGUUCGUCAAGUAUGGUCUCAAACACGUCGUCGCUCUCAUUGAGGCCAAGCAGGCGAACUUGGUCGUCCUUCCACAUGACGUUGAUCCUAUUGAACUUGUUCUCUACAUUCCUACUCUGUGUCGUAAGAUGGGCGUUCCGUAUGUUAUUGUUAAGGGAAAAUCUCGACUUGGGACGGUCGUGCACAAGAAGACAGCUACUAUCCUUGCCAUUCAAGACGUGAAGAGUGAGGACGAACGGGAACUUGCUACACUUGUCGCUGCCGCCAAGGCCAACUUCACUGACAAAUAUGAGGAGCAGCGACGUCAUUGGGGCGGUGGUAUCCGCGGUAGAAAAUCGGCAGCCAGGCUCAUCAAGCGCUCCAAGGAAACUGGCAUCACCAUUGCCAGCCCGUAUUCGCUGUGAAUCUUUUGCCUCGUCAUUUAUCGGUGGUUCUUGGAGUGCAAGGUGGUACAUGAACAUUUAUGUCCAAUGGCAUCGACAGGAUGCUAUCAUGCCUCCAUGUCUAUACCUCAUGAAUACAUGUCUGCUGUUCGUUUCUUCGCGUCCUCCUUCCCUAGUAUUGUUCAGUCCCCCCUGUCGACAAGAACUGCGCCACUGGAAAUCUUAAUAUAUGGCUGAGCUGGUUGCGCG